UUUUUUUUGCGCUGUGUUUUCGGCAAUGAAUCACCAACACGCCCAAGCUUCCACGCUAAAUCACUUCAUUUCUAGUACAACGGGCCCUUUUUCAUGUUCUGUGCCGCCCCCCAAUGUUUUAGUCAGUUAUAUUGCCGUCGCCGUAUGCCGAGCUCGGGCUUUCGCAUACUGCAUCCGUGUUAAUAUCUUGCCUCCUGAGGUGAAAUUCCUGUGUGCUGGUUUCACACCCUCUAUUGGGCAUGGCGUGAGGAUAUGCAAGAUUCUACGUUCCGAGUGGCAACGUCAAGCUCGUCUAUACCGUGACAGCCUUUAUCUCCAGCUUCAACGCCUCGAGAGACCGUCCACGGCAAAAAAGAAAUGGCGCGAGUUGUGUGCGCUAACCGACAGAACGACUGAGUUUCUCUGGCAGCGCACGCUCACCGCCUUACGAGACAUCACUCCGAAGAAGUCGCCGCAGACAAGUAACCGUGUGCACAUUGUGGGUGACGUGGAUCUUCCAGAAAAAGUAAGACAGCUUCUUAGUCUUGGACCGAAAUUCGCUGUGGAGCCUCGGAAAACACCACAUGAACUACUCACGCUUGUUAGACAAAUUUCUCAACGCAUUCCGGAAGGUGAAUCAAAUAGGUGUGUCUCUGAAGGUGUAGACAUUUUGUUACGGCGAAAACCACCUUGUAGUGCUUUGCCGACUAAACAUGUAGCUUCUUUCUUGAAGGCGCGGUCCCUUGUGCUUUUACCUUCUGACAAAGAAGGUGGCUUUGCUGUUUUGCCAUCCGGUACCUUCAAUACCAAGGCCACUCUAGCGAUUGAUUCCGUUUUUCGACGAGAGGACGGUAUUUCUCUCACUAAAGUAAAAUCCGAAGCCAAGAGGCUUUGCAAUGCCCUAAGCCUUGACAAAUUAGCAAAGUCGGUCGAAAAAUCAACAAAGCUGAGCUUGGACUUCCUUUUUACCGCUAAAACGCACAAGAAUGACUGCCCUCUACGAGUAAUGGUAACUGAAAACGGGACAUGGCAGAAAUCUGUCGCCAUAUUUCUGCAAAAUAAGCUUAACCUACUAACCAUUGACGACCCUUAUCUGGUAAGAGACUCGGACGCCGUAAUCGAGUUUUUAAAAGGAAAUAACAAGGCUCUCAGGGCUUUUUCUAUCGAUGUGAAAGACCUGUAUUAUUCCCUACCACACGACGAGAUGCUAAAAUGUGUAGAAGGAUGCAUCGACAACUUUGGAUCGAUAGCAUUUCAGAACGAGACAGGAGUUGCGGUCAGUGGCUUUUUGGAAAUGUUGACAUUUUACCUUAAAUCGACCUUUGUCUCUUGGGAAGAGAGCCAGUACAUUCAAAAAAGUGGAAUUUGCAUAGGUUCAUGUCUUGCGCCUGUCCUCAGUGAUAUUUACCUCGCAAAAAAAGAAAGCCGCACCAUUCAGACUUGUCUUGAUAUGUCCUUAGUCGCUAAAGUCUGCAGAUAUGUAGAUGAUUUUUUAGUUCUUAUCGAAUGUCCAGAGGAGGUGUUUGAGCAGGCUGCAGGGAAAGUGUUAGAUGUAUUCAGGCAAAACCUGCAUCCGUUAGAGCUGACGCAUGAGCUACCUGAAAAUAACUCUCUAAGGUUUUUGGACGUCAAGCUGUGCUUGUCCAGUAGACACUUGUGCUGGUCCUUUGAACCGAGGAGCGGGAAACCGCUUCUCUCUUUCAAGUCAGCACAUUCGAAAUUAGUUAAAAGAGGAAUCAUUAAUGUGUGCCUGGUCAAUGCCCUCAGAAGGUCAUGUCCGCAUUCAAUGCAAAUAAGUUUUGAUGCGCAGGUUGACCGCUUGUUAUCUGCCGGAUACACGAAGGCUUUAAUAUCAGCAGUCGCGGAAAAACUUUGUAAGCAAAUCAAGCUGGGUGAAAACAAUCGUGCACCACGUCCGCCAGUGGAAAAGAAAAAACUUGCAGUACUUCCGUAUAUACAUGAUGUAUCCCACAAACUGAAGAGAGUAGGGCAACGCGCUGGUGUAGCGGUGGUUUUUUCAGCUCCGGAAAAACUAUCGAAACUUUGCAGGUUUGGUUCGCAAACCAGGCGUGGGCGAUGUACUGUGAAACACAGGAACCCGUUAGUGUCCUGCACCACUGGCGUGGUGUAUAUGAUACCUCUUUCCUGUGGAAAAAAGUAUGUGGGACAGACCGGCAGGUGCAUAAACGAUCGUCUCAGGGAACACCAUAACAACGUAUACAACACGAUACAGGGUCAUCUGGGCAUUCAUUGCCGUGAUCAUGGGUGUAAGCCCUAUUUUGACAAAAGCGAAGUGCUGGCUAGGCAUAAUUCGCAGCUGACACGUGAAAUCAUUGAGGCAGAUUUUAUAAGGAAAUUCGAUAGCUCGUGCGUCAGUUCACCUUCUAUUGCACUUUCAUCUCGAGAAAUCGCAUAUCUUAACAACAUUUGAAUGACAAACAGCCAGUAUGCAUUGUUAGCACGUGGCUAUCAUUAUCAUCAUUCGAAAUGA